AAAAGAACCAGGAUCAGGAGACAACAAUGUAACUAUGAUUAUAGGUGCAGCAAUGACUUCAGGUGUGGUCGUUAUUAAUAUGGGUGUGUUGCUGGUAGCUUGUACCAUUAAACAAAGGAGAAGGAAAGGUACUUGUGCAACUGAAAGCAGCGGUAUCAAUGGAAGUCUCAAAUGUAUCCACAAGAAAGAUAAAUCAAGUGCACUACAAGAGGAAGAUACAGACGAAGCUGCCGUUUAUGCACGACCUAACAAAUCCAGACGGACGAUUGUGGAGGAGGUAAAUGCAGUCUACGAUACUACUUAUGAAAAUAAAACUAAGGAAAUGUCCCAUGUGAUCCAUGAUUAUGAUGUACUAAAUGAAGGUAGAGAAAUAAAACCUGAUACAGAUAUGGAUAAACUGGAACGUACGGCUGCAGAGGAAGCAAGUGCAGUCUAUGACACAACAAAUGACGAUAGAAAUAAGACAAUAUUCAAUGUGAACAAAGAUUAUGAUAUAUUGAGUAUAAACAGAGAAAAAAUCCCGAAUACAGAGGACAAAACAAAUCCGGGAUUUGUGGACGAGGCAAAUACUGUCUAUGACACUACAUAUCACAAAAAAUUUAAACAGAUAUUCAAUGUGAACAACGAUCAUUAUGGUGCAAUUAGCGCAGACAUAGAACAAACACCUAAUACAGAUUAUUAGGACACCCAAACACCUACGAUUAUGAAGCAUGGACAUGCGUAGUCUACUACUGUACAAUACAUUAUGAUAAUCAUUUAUCAGCAUACUUUCAGAUCAAAGAGAUUAAGCCUUUUUUCUUUACAUUUCUCAGAAUUCAAAAUUUACCUUAUGUCAUAAUAUACGUAUACUGUCAGUUAUUUGUUUAAAAGGUUACACUAAUAAAGUUUAUAUUUUAUUCCACAGUAUC